GUUAAGGUAACUAGAGAGAUAGAGAAAGGAAGGAUGGCUCGGUGUUGGUCUAGGUUGUGGGUUAUAGUAAUGGCUUUCUUGGUUAUUGGUGUAGAUUUGAAUGCGUUUGUGACCAAAAGUGAUGGGUGGGAAGCUGCACAUGCGACGUUCUACGGUGAUAUGAGUGGCGGUGAAACCAUGCAGGGAGCCUGUGGAUAUGGCAAUCUAAUAGAACAAGGGUAUGGGCUAGAGACAACAGCUCUAAGCACAACAUUCUUUAACAAUGGCCUUACUUGUGGUGCUUGUUACGAAAUCAUGUGUGACAAUACCUUAACACAAUGGUGCUUCCCAGGCACCGUCCAUGUAACAGCCACCAACUUCUGUCCACCAAACUAUGACAGGCCAGAUGGGAAUUGGUGCAACCCUCCAUUGAAGCACUUUGAUCUCUCCCAGCCUAUGUUCGUCAAGAUUGCACAGUACAAGGCUGGCAUUAUUCCGGUUCAGUAUCGACGAAUCCCAUGCGUCAAGACCGGAGGCUUAAAGUUCGAGAUGAAGGGAAAUCCUUACUGGAUAUUGGUGUUGGUGUACAAUGUUGCCGGUGCCGGUGACAUUAAAGAUGUGAAGAUUAAGGGUUCCAACACAAAUUGGAUACAAAUGUCAAGAAAUUGGGGCCAAAACUGGCAAACUGAUACACAAUUGUUAGGGCAAAGUUUGUCAUUCCAGGUCGCUACUAGUGAUGGUAAGAUGGUGCAGUCUGAUAAUGUUGUACCAAGUGAUUGGAAAUUUGGGCAAACCUUUGAGGGGAAGGAGUUCUGAAGAUAAAUAAAUGGACUUUUACAUGAUUGUGUGAAGUUGUAUUGAGUUUCCUAAAUAAUGUAUUGAACUUGGAAAGCCCGUUUCAGUGAAUAUUAAAUUGAUGUUUUGUUUUGUGCCUUAAA